UGUAGCCGUUAGCAUGACGCCACUUCCUGCGGUCUGAGCUGUCAGCCACGUCACCUCCCCUGAAACCACUUCCCUCCGAUACAACUGGGCACACACCUGAGUGAACGGACGCACUACCUGUUCAUCCUUUCAGACACGGAGCCACGAGCCGCAGCCGCUUCGGACUUCUGGACGUCGUCUUCAUUUGGACGCGUGACUCGUUGCGGCUGGACAGCUCUGCCCGAAGGCCUGCGCGAGCUUUGACUUCAGUGGUUGUCGGAGCCCAAACACCAUGAACGUCUUUCGCCUGGCGGGGGACGUGUCACAUCUGGUGGCCAUCAUCAUCCUGCUACUGAAGAUAUGGAGGUCCCGGUCCUGCGCUGGCAUCUCUGGGAAAUCUCAGGUGCUGUUUGCACUUGUCUUCACCACCAGGUACCUUGAUUUGUUCACGGUCUUCAUCUCGGCCUACAACACGGUCAUGAAGGUGGUGUUCCUGGCUCUGGCCUACGCGACGGUGUACCUCAUCUACAUGCGCUUCAGGAGCACCUACGACUCUGAGAACGACACGUUCCGCGUGGAGUUCCUGUUGGUGCCGACCAUCGGGCUGUCCUUCCUGGAGAACUACGCAUUCACCCCGCUGGAGAUCAUGUGGACCUUCUCCAUCUUCCUGGAGGCGGUGGCCAUAAUGCCGCAGCUCUUCCUGAUCACGAAGACCGGCGAGGCCGAGUCCAUCACCACCCACUACCUGUUCUUCCUCGGCCUCUACCGAGCCCUCUACAUCGGCAACUGGGUGUGGCGUUACCACACCGAGGGCUUCUUCGACCAGAUCGCCGUGGUGUCCGGCGUCGUGCAGACCAUUUUCUACUGCGAUUUCUUCUACCUUUACGUCACUAAAGUGCUUCGGGGAAAAGGAAAGAUGAGCCUGCCGAUGCCCAUUUAAACCGGACCCCUGGACCCGCCGCAGCGCCGCACCCGAUGGGACCGAACUUCCUUCUGUUUCAUUUAAAAUGUGUGCGCCUGAAAGUCGGCUGUGAUUGGCUCGUUGUGUGUGAGUCCGGAUGCAAACGCGUGCUGGUUGGGUCACACGUUUGGGGGCGUUGGUUUGUCUUUUUUUUCCUCAGAAGAUGCAAAUGUGACACUAGAAAUUGGUCCCCGCCACCAGGAACUUAAAUUAGAGCGAUUAACGCGAUGGAAACUGUCUUUUUACUCCGGGACUUUAGCUUUGGCAAUAGUUACAAUGUUGAAUCCACUAAUUUGUACUUAUACAGAUUGUGUGUAGUUUUACGUCAAAGCUCCCCAAACGUUAGUCAAUCACGUUCACGUUUUAAGGACUCAUGUCUUUGCUGAUUUACAAUAGCGAAAACGUUUCUUACUCUACCCUUUAAGUAAAGUUCAUUUUAUUUAUGUAGCACAAUAUCAAUAAUCAAAUAUUUUAGGGGGGUGCACAAUGUGCACAUCUUCCAUGAAGUGUCUUCCUCUUUGCUCGUAGGAUUGACGAAUUCUAUGCAAACCAUUUAUUUCCUUAUUCCUUAAGUAUGUUCAUGUUUGUAUUUUCUCCUCUUUGUCGUCGUUCAUAUUUCAUUGUAAUUCUUUUUGGGAGGGGGGAAAAAGGGCUAAACGUUUUGUCUUGUUAAAUGAAUCCAAAGAUUUCAGUCAAACAACAUUUGUUUUCUUUGAUGGGUUUUUAUCUUUGACAAAAGUGUCUUUUAGAGAUAAAAAAGAAAUGUGACAAUAAGGAAACAUCUUUUUGAACUUCUGUAAAAGAAUAAUGUGUUUUUUACACUUGCAAAUUUUUUAGUACAGUAAUUGAGACCUUACCUUUAUUAUAACGUGUGUAUUCAAUUUAAAGGAGUGGUCAUUGUCAAUCUACAUGGACAGCAACUCACCAGGAUGUUUACCUUUCUGAACACACACACACACACACACAUAUAUAUAUGCACAGAUAAUAAUGCAUUCCUACAGAACAGAAUGGUGUGAAAGUGCUGCUGCGUUGUGCAGAUGUUAAAACAGAUUGAUAAAAAAAUAAAUAAAACAAUACAGCUGAGUGA